AUGAAUGCAAUAGAAUCUGUGCAGAGUGAUCUGCGGCCGAAGCUGGAAAAGCUGGUGGGCUAUCUGAACGAAACCAAUGAAGUUAUGGCCGCCAGCUUCUUCACGAAUAUACUGGUGUCGCUGGUGCAGCUGACAGAAGAAGAGCAGCUGCUUGAGUUGUUCAUUGAACUGUCCACCACAGCCUUCCAGGGGUUCAUGUUCGAUGAUGUUUCCUGGGCGCUCACCGAUGAUGUGCUGCUCUACGCGGAACAGGUUGCUCAAACGUUCACCGCGGAUGACAACCAGCUGGGUUUUGCUGAAGGGCGCAGCGAUGUGCACUGGGUAGAUUUUGACCUGUUUGGCCACCAGCUGGUUGUUCAUCUGGAUCCGGCGUUAGGUUCGCAGGGACAGGUUGCACACAUCAAACAGGGUGUAGAUGGUCAUGGCGUGCCGGUGCCACAUUUCGGUGUAGUGCUGACCCUGGCGCAGUGGGAUCAGUUCAGAAUGCAAAUAGACGGUGUCAUCGACGAAUUCAUCAUUGAACCGUACACUCGCUUUGAAGGUUUGCCGGGCGAGCAGAAAACCAUGUUCUUUCAGGACCCUUCCGGUAAUGCACUUGAGUUCAAGGCAUUCAAAGAUAUCCAGAGCGCUCUUUUUUCCACCGCCUAA